GCCCGGGUGGGCGGGUGCAGUAAGUAGCUCCCGGGCAAGGGGAGCGAGUUGACAGAUGUGUGUGAGCAGGUACCUGGUCGGCCUCACGUUUUGUGCCUGCUACCUGGCUUCUUACCUUACGAACAAGUACGUCCUGUCUGUCUUGAAAUUUACCUACCCUACAUUAUUCCAAGGGUGGCAGACUUUAAUUGGUGGACUUUUGCUUCAUGUGUCAUGGAAACUGGGCUGGGUGGAGAUCAACAGCAAUUUCAGGUCUGAUGUUUGUGCGUGGCUCCCUGCUUCAGUGCUGUUUGUGGGUAUAAUCUAUGCUGGCUCCAGAGCGUUGUCCAGACUGGCCAUUCCUGUGUUUCUCACGUUGCAUAAUGUAGCUGAAGUUAUCAUCUGCGGGUACCAGAAGUGUUUUCAAAAAGAGAAAACUUCUCCUGCAAAGAUCUGUAGUGCCCUCUUCCUCCUGACAGCGGCAGGAUGCCUUCCCUUCAACGACUCUCAGUUUGAUCCGGAUGGGUAUUUCUGGGCCACAAUUCACUUUUUCUGUGUAGGGGCUCAUAAGAUACUACAGAAGUCCUGGAAACCCACCCGGUUAAGUGACUUUGACCAGCAGUACUUAAACUAUUUAUUCAGUGUGGUACUCCUGGCCUUUGCAUCUCACCCCACAGGUGAUCUCCUUGGUUUCCUGGAGUUUCCGUUCCUGUAUUUCUACAGAUUCCACAGCAGCUGCUGUGCCAGUGGAUUUUUAGGAUUCUUUCUCAUGUUCAGUACAGUGAAGCUAAAAAGCAGUAUGGCCCCAGGGCAGGGCGCUGCCUGGAUUUUCUUUGCUAAGGUGAUCACAGCUGGUUCAUCGGUAUUGCUGUUUGAUGUAACCCUGACCCGUGCAGCUGUGGGUUGCCUCCUGCUCGGUGGAGUUGGAGAGGCCUUGCUGGUUUUGUCCAAGAAGAAAGGCUCAUGAAGAAAACGGCAAGAAAAUAAAACUUGCAGACGGCCAGCUGGAGAACACAGCUCCCUUGCUUCGUACCUCUCUGUCGAGUGGGUUAGAAAGAGGAAAGCAAGGACAGUAGGACCAAGCCAGGAUCCCAGGUGGCCAGAGCCAAUGACCUGUUCAUCCUCUGACCCAGAUGAAUGUGGCUGUGGAUGAUGUGAAGGCUCCAAUUGCUUCUCAUUGCUGCAAGGAGGGGGUCUCUGGGCUUCUGCGUUGUCUUCGCAUUUCAAGAACCUCUCUCCAGUACUGCCUGACCGGGGUGUACCAGUUCUGCAGAAACAGGAAAUGCACGAUUUCACUGGGAUGGCUCAGCUCACCUUGAUUAAAGUGCUGGACUCUUUGUAUACUAAAUAUCCUUCCCCAGACAUUGCUUUCAAUAUAAGGUAGUGGGUCCAAGGCGGUGUGUUCGAUUCUUUUGUUCUGUGUGUGUGUUUUAUAUAUAUAUACAUAUAUAUCUUUGGAGACUCCUCUGGGAACUUCUUUUCCUUCCUGUCUUGCCUGGAGCACAUUUCCACCACCUAUGAUAAUUCCUUGGGAGGGCUUUGAUUUGGGAGCAGGGGUAGAGAUGGGGGGUCAGGUGCUCGUUCUGGGCCAAGAAAGAGACAGGAAGUUCACCUUAUAACUUGGGAGUGAGGUCUGACACCUUUUUUUUUUUUUUUGUGGUUGAUGAUGCUUUUUAUUUUCUGCUUCUAAAUAUUUUCUACUUCUCUUGGUUCUUGUAAACUUGUCAGGAUAUGUGUUGUGCUUAAUUCUGCACAUUCUUUUUUGUCCACCUGUUAGGUUUAGUUAGUACUAAAAAAAUCACCAGAGAAUAGGGUUAUAAGGGCGGAUGCAUGUCUUCCUUGGGCAGAUGAAAAAACAAAGGAAAAGCUUCCUUAAAGCUUUAAAUCCAUUUAAUCAACUGAUAUCUCAGAGGAGGUUUCAAAUCAUUGAACACUGAAGUUUAUUUUCCAGGCCAGAUUAAAAAUUGAAUUAAAUCCCUAUACUUGCCUCCAUGAGGGUCUUAAAUGGAUUUACAUGAAAUGGUAGUUUGAUCCUGAACCCAGAAAGAAGGUUUAAGGAAAUAAUGACCAGCUCUAAAUAUUUCUGCUCAUAACAAGUUUUUCAAAAACCUUAUUUCUCUGCCAGGGGUCACAGAGUUUUGGUCAUUUUGAGAUGAAGCAGCUAAUAAAGUGAGUCUCCUUCAGGAAGCCAGGCCUUGCAGUGUUGCCCACCUUGUCGUCAAUGGGGACCCCAUUCAGCAUUUGGACAUGAGCCUUGUCCAUUCUCAGCCCUGGAAAGGAUAAGAUCAACUCAGCCAGUGGCCAUUUUUAUGCAUGUUUUCUCCAACUUGUUGAAAAUGAAACAAAUAAGAAUGACUUCGCAUAUUUGGGUCUUAAAAGACCUUAUAUUCACUUCAUUGUGUUUUCCUGGUCUCUGCUUGUCAUUUAAGAUAAAGAUGACCUUUACAUAUAUUUGUUCCAUAUCUGGGAUGUCAAAUUUUCUAUAUAUAGACUGAAGAUAAAGUUGGAAAUCUGGAUUUAAAAAUUUUUCCAUAUUCUUCUGCUCCCACAAAACUCUACCUCUUCUUUUCCACUUGCAGAGAGUGGCACCUGUCCAAAUGUCAUAAUGCCUGUCUGUCUCUGUGCUGUGUAAACAAACAAGAGUCCUAAGGCUGGGCAGAUCCCUGGGCAGUUAUCAAACCCAGGCUCCUGCUUCCAGGAGGACUGACCUCAAAAACUUUUGAGAUGAGUUUUAGACCUCCUCCUGACCCCACCAUCUCCACCCUUUUUUAAGGAUCACAAGCAAGGUUUUUUGGUUUUUGUAUUAAUUGCAUUCCAGAGUCCCACUGUUUUGAAAAAUCUCAGGUCUUUUCUUACACCAGCAAGCCCAUAAGGUGUUUCUUUAGCAUACCCAUCCUAUUUCCUUCAGCUUCCAUCUCUUCGUGGACUUUUGCCUUCAAGCUUUAACCACUAUCUUUUUUGCUCAAAUUCACAUGCUCAGCUCUGAACGCAGGGUGAGCCCCCAAGGCCCGUGAAGCUAGGGGGUGGACCAGACCACCAUAGUCCCUCCUGCUCAGUUUCGAUGGCCUCUGAGCUCCUGGUCCAGGCAGGGAGUCCCCAGGCCACCCCAGUACCCUCUCUUAACUCCUGUGGAUUUGUUUGGUUCUGGCCUUUUCUGGUCCUGAUUACCUUAGUCCUCACUGACCUCAAGUCAUUAUUAUUAUUAUUGUUAAAUUAUUCUUACAAAUAAAGAAUAUGCUUUCAGCCCAGAGAGGGAAGGUUAUGUAUGAGUGUGUAUUAUAUUAUUUCUAUUCUGCCAUGGGCUUAAAGAGAAACGAACCAUUUAUUUUCUUGGAAAGUUGCCUUUCUUUCUCUACUCUUCAACCCUGGCAGGGGAGUGUUGCAGAAAGGUUGUUGUGAUCCCUGGGGAAGAAGUUCUUACAUCUGAAGCCCAGCCCUCCCCCUCCUCCACCUGCAUCCGGGCCUCUUGGCUCCAGCUGGGACGGGCCCGUCCGGAUCUCUCCUUCCAGGCCUGCGCUGCCCAGUGCCAGGCCCCAGCCAUGUGUGGCACCUGAGCCCCAGAAAUGUUUGGUCCAGAUUAAGAUGUGCUGUAAGAUACAUACACACCAGACUCAAAGACUCGGUAUUAAAAAAGAAUAUAAAUAUCAUUCAUAAUUUUUAUACUGAUUAUGUGUUGAAAUAAUAUUUUGGAUAUAUUGGAUUAAAUAAAAUAUAUUUUAAAAA